CGUCAGAGCAACGAGAAGAACAUAGGUUCGAAACCUCUCGUAACAGGGUCAGAUACGAAAUUUUUUUUUAAGGGGCAUCGGUUCUUUUUAUMGAACCCUUGUAAUUGAAUCAACCCUUCUUCGAAAGCUGUUACUAAUCGACGAAUUGCAAGCAUAAUGGUUGGCCAUGAUCAACCAUCGGAGUUUCCCACAGAAUCAUCAUCGAUAGGAUGCCAAGACCMUACAGUUCAUAAUGAAGGAAGAGAGACGGUCGACGAUAACGGCAAUCAACAGCGUCGACUAUGUCUUUCGUUCCACGGAAAUAAAGAAGCAAAGGGAAUCAUGUAUGGAGGUGUUGCUCGCGGAGCAAUUAGCAUGUCCAAUGUUUACUUGGCAAACUCGAUGAUUCAUUUGGCAUGUAGAGCAGCCGGGGGAUUUGGCCCGGACGACCGUCAAUGUGUAAAUGAUCAGUUAGAGAUUUAUGGGAUGAAACCCGCUGCUUUGAUCAGCAACAUAGCCUUUGUCUCGGGAAUCCUGGGCGCACUUGUCCUGCCGCUCUUCGGCGCCAUCAUUGACUACACUCCCUACCGCAAAUCGGUAGGCGUUGGAACAGCGUUUAUACUGACGCUGGUUACCGGAAUCCAAAUUGGUACCACCAGUGUGAGUAUUUGUGUUUUGUUGGGGCAUUCCUUGCGGUGUGAUGAAAUCCGAUGAACUAUCUGUGUGCUUAUAAUUGAUCGAUGCCGAAAAGGAGGGUCAUACAAGUGUUACUAAACUUGAAAACAAAAAGGGCUCAAGCCACCUCUCAUGGUACGAUUUUUUUCUUUUUCCCACUCUCUCUCUCUUUCUCAGAAAACUUGGUUCAUAAUGGCUAUUCUUCAAGCAAUUAUAUUCAUGAUUUACCAGGUUCAGGUUAUGGUUCUUUUUGCGUAUUAUCCGGAAGUCGUGAGUAUUGCCAAGCAAAGAAUCGUUAUCCACUGGUUGAGAUCGAUCAUGAAAAAUUGUAGUGUGCAUCAUUCGUGAAAUUUUAUGCUGCAAAAUUUAGUUGUUUCGAUUCUACUUCCUCAACCGACGCGAAUGUGUUGCCUGAUGUUUCUAUUUGGAAUCUUGAUUCAGGCGAGAGAAGUCGGGCAAAAAAGAAUCAAUGCAUAUUCGUCGACAUGGUCUUUUUAUCAGUUCUUAGCGCAGGCAGGGGUCAAUAUAGUUAUUCUAGGUUUCAGUGUCGGCUUCAAAAUGGGCACCGUUAAGACAGCUAUGCUCAGCCAAGGGGUUGUCUUGGCGUUUUGCCUCGUAUUUCUAUCGCUAUGUUGGUCCAUGCUGCCUUCACUGCCGAGCAAGCACAAGUUACAAGAUGGACAUUCGCUCAUUUUUGCAUCAUUCAGACAAAAUUUGAAAACCAUGAAACACAUCUUGACGAAGUAUAAAACAGGUUUGAGAUG